AUGUCCAGUACCAGGGGCAUCUUUAUCAUUGUCUUAAGUGGAGAGUCCAUAGUAGCAUUGUUCGGAAAUGGGUACAUUGCUCUAGUCAGCUGCAUUGACUGGAUUAAGAUGAAAAGGAUAUCUUCAAUUGACUGUAUCCUCGCCAGUUUAGCUAUAUCCAGAAUUUGUAUGAUUUGCACACUUGUAACAAAUGGUAUUAUCAUAUUAUGGUACCCAGAUAUUUAUGAGAAUAAUCAAUUCCAAAUAGUCUUUUAUACCGUCUGGACGCUUAUCAACUACUUAAGUAUGCAUUUUGCCACCUGCCUUAACGUCUUCUAUUUCCUCAAGGUAGCCAAUUUCUCCCACCCAUUUUUCCUCUGGCUGAAGUGGAGAAUUGACAGAGUAAUUCAUUGGCUCCUGCUGGGAUGUUUUGCUCUUUCCUUGCUGGUCAGCCUUAUACACGCCAUAGUGCAGAGUUAUAGUGGUAAAUUUCCUAAAAUUGUAAACCAUAAAGGAAACUUCACGGAAAUGCACCACAUGCAAAAAUCUCAGUACUUUGAGCCACUAACUUUAUUUAAUCUCUUUGCAAUGGUUUCAUUUACUGUAUCACUGGUCACAUUUUUCCUUUUAAUAAUAUCCCUGUGGAGACAUAUUAAACAAAUGAGACGUAAUGCUACAGACGGUGGAGACCCCAGCACAGAAGCCCACGUGAGGGCCAUAAAACUUGUAACUUCAUUCCUCUUCUUCUUUUUUAUUUACUGUUUGAGUUUUCUUACAAUGACCUUUAGCUACCUUAUGCAAGAACAACAAUUAGUGAUAAUGGUUGGUGAAACAGUGGCAAUUCUGUAUCCCUUGUGCCACUCCCUUAUUUUAAUUUUUGGAAAUAAUAAACUGAGGCAGGCAUCUGUCAGAAUGCUGACAUGCAAAAAGAUGUGA